AUGGGGAGUGUGUCGGACGAGGAUGGGAGCGAUCAGCAGAGUGAACGGUGUGGAAGCUACAGUCUGAGUGCCGAUGUCAGCGAGUCCGAGAGCUCCGGUGACUUCUGUGCCCGCCAGUACGCCGGCGACCCUGGACCUUCGGGCUCCCUGCUAUCGUCGCCGGUUUCGGCGGCAGUUGGCCAUAAUGCUGCACCCACAUUCUCUCUGGCAGCAGGCCCGAUGACGUCAGGGAUCAGCGAGGGAAGGUUGCUCGUGUGGGAAGGGAAGACGGAGAAGACAGAAGUAGAUUUAUCUGGUGCAUUCCAUUCUGUUGCUAUUCUCUUGUUCGCUUACCUUCUUGUUUUUAGUUUAGAUGAGGGGACGGUCCUCUGCUACUUCUGAGGAUUGAAGAUCUGUUGUGCCUCUGGUUCUGACGACCUCCAGUUUUGUUAUAAUUAGAAUUUUCCAUUCUGCAGAAGUGGAGAUGAUGAAGGAGCGAUUUGCUAAACUCUUGCUUGGGGAGGACAUGUCCGGAGGCGGGAAGGGCGUAUGCACCGCUCUUGCCAUCUCCAAUGCCAUCACUAAUCUCUCGGGUACCGGAUUUUAUCAUCAAUGUUCUAUUGAUCUAGCCUUGCGGAAUUUCCAGAUAAAAUGGGAGUAAUCGAGUUUGUUGUUUCCCAUUUUUGCCAUGCUGUUGGAAAUGGUGCAGCCACCGUGUUCGGAGAGCUAUGGAGACUAGAACCACUAGCGCCGCAGAAGAAGACAAUGUGGCAGAGAGAGAUGGGCUGGCUGCUGAGCGUGUGUGACUAUAUCGUGGAGCUGAUUCCUUCUUUUCAGGAGUUCCCUGGUGGAGGAACCUUUGAAGUGAUGGUCCCUUGUCCCCGCUCUGACCUAUACAUGAAUCUUCCAGCUCUUAAAAAACUUGAUACUAUGCUCCUUAGUAUACUGGACGGUUUCUGCGACAAGGAUUUCUCGUAUGUUGACAGGGAGAUUUUAGUUGCUGAUGCUAAUGAUGGUAAGAACACUGCAUAUCCAUUAUCCUCCUUUGAGAGGCUAUCACCCAGGCAGGAAGAGAAAUGGUGGCUUCCAUGCCCCAGGGUUCCGCCAACUGGGCUAUCAGAGGAUUCCAGGAAACGAUUGCAACAAUGUAGAGAUUGUGCCAACCAGAUUCUCAAGGCAGCUAUGGCAAUUAAUAGUGGGGUACUUGCUGAGAUGGAGAUCCCUGAUGUAUACUUGGAAACUUUGCCCAAGGUAAUGUUCAAGCUGAAUGUUGUCGAGCCUGUUUUGAUUUUGGUGCUUCUGAGUUGUGUAAUUGGUAUCUGGUUAUGUUCCUGUUAAUUUGACGCUAUGCUGUAUUGAGUGUCAUUCAUAUCUAGGUUUAGCUUUGGUGCAAAUUUUAUGAUGAAGUUUAUGCUUUAUAAGGUAGAAACGGUAAUGUUUGUGGUCCUAGGCCUUUUUUCUGAUUUUAGAUAGAUUAUUCGAUCGUCAGUGAGUAGUAAUUAUAUUUGUAUUCACAAUUGUGGUUUUCUCCGCGGAAAAAUGAAAUUAUUAUUCAAUAAAAUUGUGACGUAUCAGCCCCUGCACCUUAUUCGGUUGGUUUUAUGGCGGUUUCCUAAGGGCAUAGAUUAUUAGAUUGCAGUUAUUGCUGUUGUGCCCGAUUUCAUUAACUUUUAGAAUGGUAGAAAAUUUGGCAAAUUAUUACUGUCUGUCCCUUCCUGGGGCUUUUUAUUUGCCUCUCGAAAACUCGGCAUGAGAGUGUGCUUAGUGAUAUUUUUGGUUUCUCACCUGCCAUUAGUCGCUUUUUUUCUUAGGGAUCUGCAUUUUAUCUUUUGAUAGAACGGUUUUCUUCUUAUUAUGACGAAUCUAAAUGUGACCAGCCUUGCUUCCUGAACUACAAGCUACUGUGCCUUGAUUGAAUGCUAGUACGAAAACCAGGAAUUUCUGGGGAAAUUAAGAAAGUCACCUAAAAUCUUUCAAACGUAAAUCCUUGCUGAUCUUCAUUUUCUGAAAGGCAAGCUGUCAGCACACUUGGUCACAAACCCUGUUGGUAGAAUUUGUCAAAAAAUUCCCUUAAGGCAAUCGUCUUAGAAUUCUAGGAUUAUGUUGUGUUCCUUAUUCAUCAAUUUCGCAUGUUGAACAUAGUUUGUGUGUUUUACGGUUCUAUUUAAUGAUAUGUAUGCUUCUUUGGUAACUUAGAGUUUGUCCAGGAAGCUGCGGAAAACGUUUCUGUAGAAGAAGCUAAAAAUGUCAUCAUUUCUCGAGGUUAUUUUGGGUGAGUUUAAACUCAAUCGAAGCCCAAUUGGUUUCUGCAAGACAUGCUCCACACUUUUCUGUACCUUCCUUGUUUGCCAGAGAGAGAUGUUCUAUUUAAAGGGCGGUCAUAGGUUUUCCCUAAAUCGAGUCAUGCAAAGCUCUGGGUAAUCUGUUGCCACACUCUGUUGAGUUAUCAUGUAUGCAUCAUACUAUUAAUUCACCCGAGGAAUUCGAUCAUCUGUGCAACGGCCAUGUCAGACAAUCUUAAUGCAUGGAAGAUGUCGCUGUUACCUACAAUGAGGUUGUAAGCUUUUUGGCCGGUCGGUAUGCGUUCCUUUGAAAAGCUUGUGUGGGAAGGAGGACAACGGUGAGCAGAUUCGUAUUCUUUCAAUGGGGAAGGUUCAUAUUCUGUGUUAUAAUUUCUCUUGGCGGCAACUGUUUUAUGAAUCAGCGACAGAAGAUAUUUUAAUUUCUAUCAUUGGCUGCCAAAAGUAUGAGAUGCUCAUCAAUGUAUGUUUUUGGAACAGAGUGAAGAAACCGAUGUUGCCAAGUGAGAGUUUUUAGAAUGCAUAGGUUAUUCAAUUAUCUUUCUAUGAAUAUAGGAGUUCUUCACGAGUCAUUGCGAACUGUGGUGGGUGACCGCUUUGAUCUACUAGAUACCUUGGCUUGGAAUGUAGAAAUGGGCAAUGAAGCCGAUUUCUUGGAGCUUUUAAAGAACUUGACUGUAUACAUUUCAUUUGGAUGGUUGCAGUGAUUCUCAAACUUUCCUUCUGAUUUUUUUCUCUUUUUUAUUUUUCCUGGCUCACUGUUCAAGUAUAAAACGCGAUCCAGAGUCAAAAGUUGUUUAAAGAGCUACUUGUAAACAUUCAUGUCCUGCCAUCCUCCAUUUCACCGUUGGGCAGCGAAAGGAGAACAAUAAUUAUCCAUUUAUAAAUGCGGAUCCCAACCCACAAUCGCUCCUAUUGUCAUUCCCACGGCCCCUUUCUAAUCAUGCAUCCUUGGAGGAUGCAUGCAAGGUUUUGGACUCUGAUCGUCGUUCUUGGCUAUUUCACUUGAAGACUUUGAUACUCGACAAGCGAUGGGAAAUGUUAUCUUUUUUAUUCCAGUUGCUUUAUUUUGUUGAGAAUUGUUUCAUAUGUUCUGUUGCCUGGUUUUAUAUUGAUUUUAGUAAAUUAUAAAUGCUUCCCGAAUUUUGAUAUCCUAUUGAGUACUGAUCUCACGAAAUAACUUGCGGCUGCUCUUCUUAACUAAGAUUCGACUGAUAGAUGCGCCGCAAAAGUGUUCUCAGGUUUUCUAACCUAUGUGAGAUUCAACUUCACUAUGAAAAAUGCUCUUAGCUCCCUGUGUUAGAUAUCCUAGAACUGAAUCCCGUUUCAUGAACUCAUAUAAACCUUCUACAAUGCUGCGUCGUUGUUGCCUGGUCUCUUCUUCAUUUUUCCAAGUAUUUUCCUUUUCUACUGAUCUCUGCGGGCUUUAUUCUAGUGUUUGUGCAAAUCUGCUCUCUCUCUCUCUAUAUAUAUAUAUAUAUAUAUGUAUGCAUGAAUCGAAAAUUUAGUCGUAAAAUCUCAUUGUUCUCUCUCGUGGCAGACCGGCAAAUCCUGCUUGGGCGAGAUCAUCUACCGGUACAUCACGGCGGAGCAGUUUUCUCCAGAAUGCCUGCUGGACUGCUUGGACCUAUCAUCGGAGCACCACGCGGUGGAGAUUGCGAACAGGAUCGAGACAGCCAUACACGUCUGGGGCCAGAAGGACUGGAAGAGGCACCACGCCCACAACGGGAAGGCCAAGAAAUCAUGGAGCGGGAAGAUCAAGGGCCUCGUGAGCGACACAGAGAAGAACCAAUGCCUUGCGGAGCGCGCCGAGGGCCUCCUGCAGAGGCUGAGACUACGACACCCCGCCCUCCCCCAGACCGUUCUCGACAUGAACAAGAUUCAAUACAACAAGGUAAAGAAGAGGAUCGAUCGCUUCAAUACAACAAGGCAAGUUAGUCGUCGUGGAGUUGCCUAUAUAAUGGGUGGAGCGUGGUCUCGCAGGACGUGGGGCAGUCGAUCCUGGAGAGUUACUCGAGGGUAAUGGAGAGCCUGGCCUUCAACAUCAUCGCGAGAAUCGACGACGUGAUCUACGUGGACGACGCAACGAAGAGAUGCUCGGCGGCAGAGACGGCGCCGCCGCCGCUGUUCAACGUGGCGGGGGGUUGCUUCGGAGGACUCCCCAUCCAGAAGAAGAUAUCGCCCAGUCCCUUCUCAGGGCAGGACACCCCGUGCACCUCGCCGUUCGCCACGCCCGCCUUCUGCUCUUCCACGCCUGUCACCGGUAGCCCCGGCACGGAGCUGUCGCGGCGCAAAGACGGCUGCCUCCAGGGCGAGCCGGAGGGGAAGCCCGGAAGGUUGCUGGUGCCGGCCGACGUGGAGCGGCUCUGGGCGUCGUACACAGGUAACCUGAGCGCCGCCGGCAAGGACUCGAGGGGCGGCGCCGCCCCUGAGCGAGACUGA